AUGGUGUUGCAGGCCGACACCGACCCCGAGGUCACUCUGGCGCUCAUCCAGUCGGCAAAGUCCAAGUACGCGUGGAACGCCGUCCGCCGCAUCCCCCUGGCCGCAUGGGUCGCCACGCAGCACGCCCUGGGCUGGUCAGAGCAGUCGCAGUAUGUCGACCUCUGGACGCGCCUCGCCGUGGGCGUCGGCCAAUCGUUCUUCUCCGGCCAGGACGGCCCCACGUCCAUUGCUGAGCUCCAGGCCAUGACGCUGCGGCCACGGAGCGUGCCCGGCGGGACCUGGAUCAGCGAGUACACGGCGCCGGCGCCGCCAGAAACGGGCGCCGUCGAUGCCGUCAUGGGCGCCGUCCGUAGCAUGGUCCGCUUCGAGGACGACGUCGCGCGGCUGACGAGGACGCCGGCGCAGGUCUCCGUCGAGGCGGAGUGGACGGCGUACAGGCCCGGCGCCAAAGGGGCGGCGCUGCCAGACAUUCCGGAAAAAGAGAGAUAUAAGGAGAUGAUGAAGGAUGUGACGGACCCGACGACGAUUUUGUAUCUACAUGGAGGCGGAUACUUGAUGCUGGAUCCCAAGUCGCACCGGCCGUUUCUGAAGCAGCUGUGCAAGCGUGCGGGCGGUCGCGGCUACUCUGUGCGGUAUCGUCUUUCGCCGCAAGGAGUGUUUCCGGCGGCGCUGUUGGAUGCGUUUGUUUCAUAUUUGACCUUGCUGUAUCCGCCGCCUGACGCCUUUCACGAGCCCGUUAAACCGCAGCACAUUGUCAUUGCUGGCGAUAGUGCGGGAGGAAACUUGACUCUAUCACUCUUGCAACUUCUUUUGGAGCUGCGACGCAACAGUGUCCGCGUCGCAUGGUACGGCGAGGAGCGCGAAAUUCCUCUCCCCGCCGGUGCCGCCUGCAACUCACCGUGGCUGGAUGUCACGCACAGCCUCAUCCCCCACGGCGGCGACAAGCCGCUCAAGUACGACGUGACAUCGCUACCCGUGCCAGAGACAGGCUGGAUGCCGAACACGCGCGAGGACCACCUUUGGCCGGCCAGCCCUCCGCGCCUCAACAUUUACGCCGACGACCACCUCGUCGCGCACCCGCUCGUCUCCCUCGUGGGCACGCGGCCCGAGGACUGGGCCGGGUCGCCGCCCAUCUACAUCUGCACCGGGUGGGAGCACCUGGGCACGGAGGCGCGCGUGUUUGCGCGCCGACUCGCCACCAAGACGGACGUGCCGGUCGUGUUUGACGACUACGAGGCCAUGCCGCACUGCUUUGCGCUGAUUAUCCCGACCGCGCCGACGGCGGAGCACUGCUGGAAAGGGUGGUCCGGGUUCAUCAAGCGCUGCGUCCACGAGCCCGAGCAGAUUGAGAGCAAGGCGACAAGGAUCAAGCCAAAGACGCUCGUUGAAGAGGUUGUGGAUUUUGAGAAGAUAUUGGAAAUGAGUGAUGAUGAAGCUCGGGCUAUUUUUGACUCGCAAAAUUCACCUUUCAAAGUUGCACCCCGAUUGUAG